GAAUUAGAGGCAAUGUCCCUCCCUUCCUCUUUCACUCUGCCGUGUUGGUAAAGACUGACAGACUGACUGACACCGCCUGCUCCUGACAAACUACUGCUUCAGUCAAGAUGUUCCUGUGCUGUUGGCUGGCUCUGGUGGCUUUGAUUCCUACGACCCUGAGCAUCAAUCCCGGGGUGAAGGUCAAACUAACAGAAAAAGGGCUUGAAUAUGGCAGAGCCCUUGGAAUGGCUACAAUUCAGCAGAAACUCAAAACCAUCAAAGUGCCAGAUAUGUCAGGGAAACAGAAGGUGUCUCCCAUUGGCACGGUCCAGUACAGCCUGACAAAUAUGCACAUAGUGAAUGUGGGAUUACCAAAGUCUGCAGUGGAUCUAGUGCCAGGGACUGGUGUCAGACUGUCCAUUAGUAACGCCUUCAUCAGUCUGCAGGGAAACUGGAGGGUCAAGUACCUCAGAAUAAUAAAGGACAGCGGCUCUUUUGACUUGAAUGUGAACGGACUCACUAUCACCACAAGUAUUGACAUCAAGAGUGACGAGACUGGCCGACCUGCGGUCAGUAGUGUAAACUGUGCGGCCACUGUCGGCAAGGCGAGCAUUAAAUUCCACGGUGGAGCCAGUUGGUUAUACAAUCUCUUCAGUAAGUUCAUUGAUAAGGCUUUGCGAAAUGCACUGCAGAACAAGAUCUGCCCUCUGGUGGCUGAUGCAAUCUCUGAUUUGAACCCUCAUUUGAAAACUCUCAAUGUUUUAGCCAAAGUGGACCCAUAUGCAGAGAUUGAAUACUCCAUGGUGUCAUCGCCCACAGUUUCUAAAUCUUCUAUAGACUUCAGCUUGAAGGGUGAAUUUUACAACAUUGGGAAGCAUCAGGAGCCUCCAUUCUCCCCCAAACCCUUUUCCCUGCCGCCCCAGAUCAACAACAUGUUGUACAUCGGUGUGUCUGCCUUCACCAUCAACUCUGCAGCCUUCGUCUACAACAAAGCUGGAGCCCUCAGCCUGGCCAUCACAGAUGACAUGAUCCCGCAAAGUUCUCCCAUCCGACUCAACACCAGAACGUUUGGAGCCUUUAUCCCGCAGAUUGCCAAGCGUUUCCCAGGUCUGAUGAUGAAACUGCUGGUGAAGACGGUGAAAGAUCCCAUCAUCACUUUUGAAACCAACAACGUGACGGUUCAGGCCAUUGGGACGGUGACGGCCUACGCUAUCCAACCCAACGCCACACUUUCCCCUCUCUUUGUCCUAAACAUGGACACCAGUGUCAGCGCCCGAGUGUACGUCAGUGGAGUGAAGCUGGCUGGAGCUGUCACCCUAAACAAAAUGGAUCUGACCCUGGGGACAAGUUAUGUGGGAGAGUUUCAGGUGGGAUCCCUCGACAACAUCCUCCAAAUGGUCCUCAAAGUGGUAGUGAUACCUAAACUGAACGUCCAACUUGCCAAGGGAUACCCACUUCCUACACUUGGAAAGAUGAAGCUUGUGAACACUCAGCUUCAGGUUCUGAAGGACUAUAUGCUGAUUGGGACAGAUGUUCAGUUCACGGGUUGAAUGGAGUUCCUGGAAACUCCCAGGGUUCAUUUCUGCACUGGGGCAUCCCACCAUCAAGACACAAUCACAACCUGUACGGCUACUCAAGAAGAAAAAACAAAUGAUGCUCUACACGCCUGAGAAAUAUGUCACAAAAAUCCUGUUUCUCUCCUUAGAUUUUUUUUAUCACUCUUCUGUUUUUUUUCUGUUUUUUUUAAUACUGUUUUUCUUUUUCUUUUUCUUUUAAAUGUGAACUCAGACGAGGUUUUGUAAAUAUAAAACGCGGAUGAGGGCAGUGAACGGGGAUUAUUGCAGUUGUGUUAGAACAGGACACAGUCUGAAGGACAGGGUUUGAAGUUUCUCACGGCAAUCAUCUCUUUUUGCAAUAACAUGCUCCUUCCAAAGCAGAUCACAGCACUUUCUGCUGCUGACUUUGGGCAAAUUCUUUCUCAAACUUUCUGACUUUGUAGCUCACGGAGCGAUUCUACAAAUGUGCUGAUCCAUGACAUUUUUACUGCAGUUUGGAGAGUCCCAUGAAAAAACAAUGCCAAGACAUCAAUCAAGCAGCCCCGCUUCAGACAAAGCAAAUCAGCCACAGUAGUUUGUACUAAACAAACACUAUAAUUUACAGCAUCCUAACAGGGUUCAGUUCAAUACGUACAAACACAUAGGUAGUACUGACUGUAUAAAUAACACAAUUGGACAAUGCGGUUUUCAUAGUUCAUAGGAAGACCAAACUCCACAUAGUGUCAAAGUCAUUCAAUAGAAGAAAUCAGUGUGCUACUUUGUUUCCUGUGGUGUCCCCUGCUUCCAUCAGGGGCCCGUUUUAAUGGCCACAUGUUCAUCCAGCUGAUGUCUGGGCAGAGCCUCAUAGUGUGUCACUGUCUCUCUCAGGGAGCUGUGACUGAGGGCUCGGCCUUUCAGGGUCUGGGAGUUGGCCGACAAUAUCUGUAUUAAAAGACACAAAUCAUCAAAGAAUGCAUGAGUGGAUGAAGAAAGCUUUGAAAGUAUCAGAUAAGGCCUUCAAGUUACUGACUGCGACCUUCCUACUGUACCAUUGACAGGCAGGAAAUCGUUUAUUAAUGCUAGAAUGUUUCACCUUUUUUAGGAUGCUUGGUGUGUCACAUGUCAACAUGAGAUUUACAUGAUUUAAUUAAAAGGUGUGCCUAGACCUGAACACUUGAGCAUGAGCAUUACUGGAUGUUUGAGAGCGAUAGAGAAAAAUCUGAUAACAAAACAUCAACAAAGAAAAAUGUAAAGCCCCUGGAAACUAAAUGUUAAGUAUUUGUCCAGAACAUUAAAUAUUUGUGACUAAGCAACAAUCAAAGUAUAAAAAAACAUUGUUAGGUAUUAUUAAUUAAGAGCUUAUGAACACCUAAACCCCCUAUAAGGAACUUUGUGUUGAUUCUGGGGCCCCCUGUGAACAAAAGCACUAGUGUUUCCACCUCCUCAUUUGAUUGAUUUCAAGGGGAAUCUGAAACCCCUUGUAGUAGGCUGGAAAAGCUCAGCUAAUGCUUCAUCAGGACGGUGUGGGUGUGGCUCAUUGAGACAUUUUAUAUGUUCCCAUUAUUCACUAUCAGCCAAUCAAUGCCAAUCUAUCUGUGAUAAACUAAAAUAUAGCUCUGUUUUGAAUAAAAACUUAACAACGUGUUGAUUCUUUAAA